AUGAGCGAUUCUGGGGAAGAUUGGGAUUCAGAAAUAAGCUCUGGCGUUUCAAAAACUGUGCAUUGGAUGACCGGUGAAUCUAACUCCAUUGCGAAUUCGCAAAAUUCUGGAUUUUCUACUCCUGAAAUACGGUUUGGUCGUGGAAGGGGAAGAGCUAAGGGUCCUUCAGACAAUUGGCGAACAACCAAUGGAUCAAACAGUUCUGCCUGGCACAGUUCCGAGCGCAACCAGGAUUUGGGUAAUGCCUGGCCAAGGAAACCAAGAGGGGGGUUUGAUUCAAGGUUUUCAGCUAGGGAUGAACAGCUAGAACAGUCCAGGGGAUUUGAAUCUGGGGAGUGUGGGGAUGGAAUAUCAGGUGCACGUUGGGAUG